UGGGAUGGUGGGUUGGGAAUGUGCGUGUGUUGAGGGGGGAAGGGGGAGGAGGAGGAGGAGGAGGAGGAGGAGGAGGAGGAGGAGGAGGAGGAGGAGGAGGAGGAGGAGGAGGAGGAGGAGGAGGAGGAGGAGGAGGAGGAGGAGGAGGAGGAGGAGGAGGAGGAGGAGGAGGAGGAGGAGGAGGAGGAGGAGGAGGAGAGGGGGCGUGAAUGAGGGGAAUGUGGACAUCCGUUUCAUCUAGAUCGAGAUCCGACUGCUGUAUU